AGUCCUAAAGAUAAGGCCUGACAGUGGAGAAAGAGGCACAGAAGAGGGACAAACGACGAGCUCCAUCCAUUCGGCUCCUCGGGUCGCCAGAGAUUGUUGUUCACCAUCAUCAAAGCGUGAGAGUCGGAAAGCAAGGAAGGAUCACCCUGUUGGACAGACUUGGAUAUACAUCAGUGAUGUCUAAACCUACGUCCUCGAUGAGACCAAACGAUAAGAAUUACUUCGACGGCCAAUGGCUGAGAAAGGCCUCUAUGCUGGAGCAAAUGAUGGAUAACCGCCACAAACAAGGACAUUUUCUGGUAUGGUACCAACUCGCCCUUAAGAGCAAAGCUCCACUCCAGGAGGAACAAGUCAAAAGAGCAGUCAUCCACCUCUACAGAAGAGUACCAAAUCUCGGGGUGGCACUUGCUCCUCGCGAAGGAACUUUGUGGUUAAAGAGAGCCACCAAUCCUAAUGUUGACUUCAAGGUUCUUCAAGGUCAGACAGUGGAAGAAGUAAGGGGCAUCCUCUGCGCUUUUCAAUCGAACACAGAAACAGGUCCUAUGUUCUGUGCCCGUCUUCUGAAGGAUUCCCCAGACAAAAUCUCAGACAUAGAUCCUGAAGACCUGGAUCCAGACCUGAAACACAGCUACUUCAUGUUCUUUGGUUUUCACCAUGGUGUUGUGGAUGGUACAACAAACAUGUACAUCAUGGGUUUCUUCAUUUCUAUUUUGAACGAUAUCAUUUCUAAUAGGCCUAUAAAUGAUGAUGAACCACUGGGUGAAUAUUUCCCAGAAGAUGCAACAGUCAAAUUAAUUUUGAGAAAGAAAGAAAUGAUUGAAUCUGAUUCUCGUCUGCGUGACAGACUCAUUCAGGAAAAUGAAGUACAAAAGAAUCAAAAGGCAAACAUAACACAAAUUUCUGACAAGACAUCAACAGAAAAGAGAACUGUGACUUUAGCGAGAGUACUUAGUCAGAAUGUGACUUUGAAGUUUAUACAAAAAUGCCGACAAGAGAAAGUCACUGUGAACUCUGCCUUCUCAGCUCUUGUUGCUGUAGCACUGACAGACACCUUAGUUGAAUAUGGCUUGGUGAAAGAUUCCUACUCUGUUCCGAAUUUCCAUUUGGUUAACUUGAGAAGAUACUGGGAAAAUAAACCGCCUAUUUCCCUGGGGUGCCAUUUUGGAGGGCCUUUGAAACUGUACACAGAAACACCUAGAAACCUUGGUGAUAAGUUCUGGGACUACGUUCGUUCUCUGCAUCAACUAAUCAAGGAUGGCAUUGAGAGUGAGAAAGUCCUUACGGAUAAAGCACUUCACUUACUGACACACACAGACAAGGAAUAUGAGGGGGACUUUGUAACCUCAAAUUUAGGGAAUGUAACUCCACUGGUGACAGAUGGUGGAGAACAUGUCAAAAUCAGCCACAUCAUACGAUCAACAACAAUCCAUUGUAUUAAAAGCCCUGUCGUAAUCAAUUUACACACCUUCAGAGGGAAAUUCACUAUGAUGUUCGAUUACAAUUCUGGUGCAGUACGAAAAGAUAUUGCUGAAAAGUACUGUUCUCAAAUAUUAACACGUCUAUUUGGCAUUUUGGAAUAAACUUUAUUUGAUUUAUGAAAGUUAGAUCUGAUGACCAGGCACAACACAAAUAUUUCUAUUACCAGCCAGAACUCAAAAAAAAAAUUCAUUUCUUGCCGAGUAACAUACUACGUACAUAUGUUAGGUCUCAAGAGAUUAUAAACAGCAUAUGAGGAAAAAUAUUGUAAAUAUAACUUAAAUGUAAAGACAAUUAUUAAAGUAAAUAUCCCUUGCACAUGUUUACCAAAUCUAGUUCCUCUCCCACUAAAAUAUUCUAAGAUUUUUGUAACAGCUAA